GCACCGCCCGAUAAUAGUCUCCUUCGAGAAUUAAUGGAUGAAAUACGCGAUCUCCGUGUGCAAGUCAACGGAUUAAGCCGGCAAACACAAUUGCCUAUGGGCGAACGAACGAGAAUAUCUCAGGAUUUUCUGCCGCACCCGCUAGAUCUAACUUACGGACGUUCGUAUUAAGAUAUACGAAACCAGCCGGGAAAUGCACUGACAUUUCUCACAUUGAAAGACGCGCGUAACAUGAUCCCAGAGAUCGACGGCACGUCACGAGGACGCGUGUACGAAUUUCUAAAUGCAAGUACGUACGCGAUAAAAAAUAUACAUCCCGCGGAUGAACAUUCUCUAUUAGAAGCCAUUCUUUGCACUAAAUUCAAAGGCAAGGCCAUGAUGGAUUUCCGUAUGCGAGAUAUAAUAAACUUCGAACAAUUAAAACGAGAACUAGAAAAGGAAUAUUUAAGCAAACGAAGUACCGCACAUUUACAACUCGAAUUUAACUCGCUUAAACAAAAACUAAACGAAAAUGCACAAGAAUUCGGUAGGCGAACAGACAAUAUAGCCAUAGAAUUAUACGAAUCCAUGGAAGAAGGAAAAAAUCAUACGGUCGAACAGCAACGCGCGAUCUUAGAAAAUAUAAAAGAGCAGGCGCUCCACAAUUACCAGAAUGGUUUACAUGAAGAAAUUAAAUUAAUUGUACGAUCGCAGCGAUAUCAAACAAUACAGGAAGCAAUCGCAGGAGCAACCGCGGAAGAAAAAACGCGAGGACCUAGCACGCGAACACUAACCUAUCGAAACCGGUCAGUAUUUAAAGCGCAUACACCCAGUCCGCGUUGUGAAAAAUGCGGAAAAAUUGGUCAUUACGGGCGCGAUUGUAGGACUAGCCGUUUCUCAAAUAGAUAUACCCUGCCUAAGCCAGAAGGACAACCACGAAUAAAUACAAUUGAAAAACAGUGUAGCUAUUGCAAAAAGAUAGGACAUUUGCGGCACGAAUGUUGGACACUGAACGGAAAUCGGAAAACAGCAAAAAUUCCGGAAAAAUUUAAAAUUGGAAGAAUUCGAUUACGAAAUAAUACAUAAAGCUGGGAAAGCAAACGCUAAUGCUGACGCAUUAAGCCGUAACGUAACAGCAAUAACAGAAGAGCAACAAACUGACGACGACGCGUCAGAAAAGCAAAUAUAAAGAAGAAGAAAAGAAACAAAUAUUAUAUGAAUACCACAACGCACCUAUAGGAGGACACCAGGGCGUUGAACGAACAAUAAAUAGAAUACGAUUACACCACAACUAGCCAGGAUUAAAACGAGAUGUUGAGCAAUACAUCUCAAAAUGUGAACAUUGCCAGAAAAAUAAAUUGCAACGACGCGCUAAAGCACCGUUAAUGAUAACAGAUACGCCAACAAAACCGUUUGAAAAAUGCGCGUUAGAUAUUGUAGGACUUUUGCUUGUAACAACGAUGGAAAACAAAUAUGUAUUGACAUUUCAGGACAGUUUAACAAAAUUUAGCAAAGGAAUACCGAUACAAAAUCAAGAGGCGACAACAGUAGCGAAAGAAUUUGUCACAAAAAUUAUAUUAGAAUAUGGAAUUCCAGACAAAAUCCUGACCGACCAAGGAACAAACUUUACCAGCGAAUUAUUUAAAAAUACGUGCAAAUUAUUAAAAAUACAAAAAUUGCAAACGACGGCCUAUCAUUCAGAAACAAACGGAGCACUCGAAAGAUCACAUCGGACAUUAACCGAAUAUUUACGACAUUAUAUUAAUAAUGAUCAGACAGAUUGGGACGAAUGGAUACCGUAUGCGAUGUUCGCAUAUAAUACGACACCGCACACCGCUACGGGAUUCACGCCGUUCGAACUGGUAUACGGGCACCAGGCACCACUACCUACGGCCCUAACUAGCUCACCGAAAUCAUCGUACACAUACGAUGAUUAUGCGCAGGAACUCCGUGAAAGAAUACGAGCCGCGAAUCAAAUAGC